AAUGGCGAGCUCGGAUAGCGAUAGUGGGUAUGAGGUGGACACAAUUCUUAAACAGAGGAAGCGUAAAGGUACUCUUGAGUAUCUAGUGCGAUGGAGAGGAUUCGGUGAGGCAGAAGAUAGCUGGGAGCCAGUUAACAAUCUGCGAAACUGUGCUAAUGCCAUUAAAACCUUCAUCAAACUGAAUACUUCUGUUACAAAGAAGCAGUCGAAGUCGCGGUCAAAGUCACGAUCAAAGUCACGCUCUAGAUCACGAUCGAGAAGUCGUACUACCAAGACGACACCAAAGUCGAAGACUUCUAGUCGGUCCCGGUCCCGAUCAUCAUCACGAAGCCGUGUCUCUGAGAAGGAGAAAGCCUCUCCCACACGUCAGUCUCGCAGAACAGAAGUGAUCACCAAAAAAUCGACUGUCAAGACUCCUGGUCGCACUGAGAAAUUUGCAGAGGUUGUUAAGCUAACAACGAAUGAAGAUGACCCGACUGAGAAAACAACCACAAGGAUCACCCAAUCGCGGGUGGAGGUGAAGACGAUCGAAGCGGACAUCAAGCCAAAGCAGACCAUCGACUCGUCCUCGAUUGGGACGUACUUCAACGACAUGUGGCAGACCAUCGAUACAGCCGUUCUCAUCCUGUUUGUCUGCGUCUCCAUCUUCCUUCUGAGCUACCUUGUCGAGAAGUAUGUCAGCCCUGCUGCCAUAUCUGGAGCUGUUUCGGGCGUCUUCACUCCCAUAACGAAUGCAACAUCGCGAGUCUUUCAGGCGGCUAUUGGCGGGGUGGUUAAUCUCUGGCGUGCUGUUGCUAACUUUGCUGGCGACGGUUGGUCGAAAGUCACCAAAAACUGAGGCUUGCUGGAGCAUCACAGGCAUGCUAGGAUGACCAAAAAUGCAUUGAACUCACUGUCCAUAGCAUUGUACUUGAGGAUGCAGUGUAUAUCAUCCAUACAAUUCAGCAUUUAAGUACUACAGUCAUUAUACAUGGUCUUUUUAUAGAGGAAUAUGCAUUAUCUAAAAUUUGGUGUUAUGUCUGUAUUUAUACCAUCAUACGUAAUAAUACUUGUAUUUAAAAAAAAAAAAAUUACAAUACCAAUGUAGUUGAUAUAACCAUGGUAACUAGUAAAUAUAUAGUCUGUAUCUAACACAGUUUUUGAUACUGAAGGCUGGUGUUCUUGCACUUAUUGAAUUUGUGCACUACAUUUAUUUUUUAUUCCAUUCCAUUAUAUAUUUUUUAACCCAGUUAUAAACAUAAUUUUUUUUAGUUUAUUAAUCAAAAAGAAAAAUAGCUUUUAAAAAAUAAAUACAGCCUGUUUAGUCUCUUAUUUACAGAAGGAUUGUCGUAUAAAGAUAUAUUUUAAUAAAAAAAAUUAAUACUGUCUCAAAGGUCCAUAUAGAUGAUGAGCUCACGUUUGACGAAACAAUUCUGGAGGCACUUUACAUCAGACAAAAUCCCUUCAUCUUGGAUACUAUUAAUUAUAUGGAUGAUUAUGGGAUCACUGAAUAAUAUACAAUUUUCUUUUAUGACUUGUGACAGUAACAGUGUUGGAAGAGAUUAUUAUAUAUCUGUCUCUUUAUCAAAGUAAUCAUGUAAAUUAGGAAGUUGUAUUAGAACACGUUUUUCUACACAGUUGAAACUUUUUGUUAACAGGUUUUGUGUGCUUUGCAAAUCCUUCUGGUUAAACUUGGACGUGUUAAUGGCAAAUAAAUUUUACAUUAACUGUUAAUGGACAAUUCUAAUGCCUUCAAUUGAGUAUUAUUUAGAUAUUUUGACAAUCACCAGUAUGUCGUUAUUUAAGUGUCCAGUUUGUUUCUUAAGGCAUCGUUUUUAAAGGAUACUUUGAUAACUCGGUACUGUUUACAGAAUUUUAUGGCACUCCGAUAUUAUGUAAUGUACCAUUUCCAACUUGGGAUAUGAAAUUCUGCAUAUGUCUAAUGUUUGGAUGUUUGUAGUAAAUGAAACCUGGUUGGGGGUGUGGGGAGAGGUUUGUUUUCUAAAAUAAGUGCUUGUGUUUUAAAUUUCUUGUUGAGUAAAUUUCAGUAGUCAUAGAUUUCUUGUGUGUGAAGAUGCAAUCUAAUUAAAAUUAGCUCUACAAUUACAUGUGGAUCUAACACCAGCCAGUUGGAGCUCAUGUCCACCAAUCAAAACC